AAAGGCCUCUAAAAUCUUCAGAGAAAGGCACAGUUAUCAUCACGGCCUAGUGCUCUCCCAUCUCAACUGAUAGAGCUGUUCUGGCCAUGGUGAAGAAAAGGAGAACCACGUCUUAGGUAUGGCAAUUGAUGCCCCUGCCUGUCUUCUUGAUUUCUUUUACUUUCUGUUAAACCGACAGUGGAAGAGCAGAUUCUAUAUAUAUAUAUAUAUAUACACACAUGCAUGGGGAGGAUCAUUCUCUUGUGGCUCACUUCUGUGUGUGUUUCAGAAGCUCGUGUUCCUUUGCUCUUCAACUGAGCCUCCUUUGGGCUCUUCCUAAUGAACCGUGCUGGUGCCUGGUUCUAUGUAGUGACUUGAUAACUCAGCAGCUCAACAGCCAAGUGAUGGAGCGAAUGGCUCGACGGGAAGGUGGGUGGCCUCUGGGACUGCAGCCAUUGAAUGUGAGGGUUGGUUUAAUAAGGAACCUCGAUUUUUCUGGGUCUCUUUCCUUCAGUACUCGGGUCUCUGGUUCCCCAAGUCCUUCUAUCACUUCAUCAGAUUUGGAUACAGAGUCCACUGGUUCUUUCUUCCAUGACAGGAGCAUCACACUUGGCAGCCUUAUUGGCAUCAAAAGCAUUCUUGAGCUGUCGAGUAGAUCCCUUAGAAGGAGCAGGAAGCAAGACACUUCAAGAGGGAAGAGGAGCCAUGCGAACAACACUUGGUUCUCUCUUUGCACAAAAGCUCAGCUUAAAAGUGAGAAGACCCGUAAUGCUCCAUCCCUUGGCCAUUUUCUUGAGGUGGAGAGAAGAGCUAGUAAUGGCCACAGGAGGAACAGGAAUCCUAUUACGUAUGAACUCGAUGGAUUGCCUGAAAACCAAUCCAACGCAGCUCCCAACUCUCUUUUUGCAAAUGGCCUUAUCGUUCCACCUCAAGUUGAUGGAAAUGGAGCUCUGGUAUUGAUUGGAGAUGUUAAGAAAUCAAAUUCUAGAAGAGGCUUAAUCCAUGACAAUGGCUACUGUUUUGCAUUGAUGUUUCCAUGUAUGGGUGGUCGGUCCCGUCAAUGAAGACAGGCAUCAACUUGCCUACUUCCAUUCCGAGAGAAUUUGUAAUGUUUUAUGAUGCAAGUUCGGUUUUCAGUUCUAUGGUCUUAGGUAGGAACAUCUCAGUUAUGGACGCCCUCUGAGAAGGUGGAUCUGGUUUAGUUUAUCCCAAGGCUUGGAUCACCAGGCACUCAGCCAAAGGUUAUGCUGGGGUUGAGUGGUGGGUUCUGACCCUGUUGUUUCUAUUAGCACUUCAAGACAUAAUGAAUUGAAGGGGAAAAUAAGCAUCUUC